UUUUACACCGAAUUAGUCCGAAAUUCUUACCCAUUUUACAAUAACAUUAUAUCUUAAUUUGACCAUUAUACUCAAAUUAUUUCGAAAAACAGAGCGACAGCUCCGUUCGCAAACUUGGAUAAAAAAGCACCUAUUGAAUAUGAUGCUAUAAUGUAUAAUGAGCUUUAGAUAACUAAAACAGGGGGAGUGGUCCAGAAAAACGUGCUACUAGUACUAUAUAAUAAAAGCAAGCUAGAGCCGAAAACAAUUCAGUAUUAUCCUGUAAUGGGAAGAGAAGUAACAACAGCAAGAGCGAAGUUUUCACCUCAGUGUAUUUUACGAUAUAAGAAAUGUAAGCUACGGAAAUUUCAUCUGCAACGGCAGAAGUGCGAAUUUUUCUCGAUUCAAAAAAAAUAUUCUGAUCUGAGUUCAGUUCUUGCGGCAUAUCCUAAAUUUUUCAACUUUGUGUAUUCAUCGGAUGGCUGAACCAUGUAUUCGACAAGGGAACCUUCAAGUACUUGCCGGAUUUGCCAGGGUAAAUACCAAGAAAUCAUAAAUGGACGUGCAACUGAGACAACACCCUUAACAGUACGAAGACGUGAAAGAAGAAAACGCUGUACUGACAGAUAUGAAUACCUCUUUCCGGGAAUCAUUCUUUUCAUACUGUUCGCAGGAAUGACGAUUGGAUUCUAUUUGCUUAUGAUUGAAAAACGCGAAAUUGAACCAGCUCACGUGGUUCUAUUGGCCGACAGAGAAAAUUGGGAUGCAGCUGAUGUAGAAAACCACGAAUAUCUCAAUGCACCAAGCAAUAAAUUGAUUCUAGACUUCACUAAUACUCCAAAUUGCUAUGAUCAGCCAAACUGUACAAAGGAAGUACAUAAGAUGCAAGAAGAAAGUUUACGAAUUAAUAAAAUUGAUAUUCCAUAUAAUUUCCUCCUCGCUGAAGAUACCAGAAUUUACGAAGGUAGAGGAUGGAAAUAUGCCCCAGAUAUAUCGCUUUACAGUGAUAACUCAUCAUUGGCUUUUGCCUUUUUGGGUAUCCCUUGCAAAACAGAUGUGUCUGCCCUUGAAGAACAGCUUUUCGUUUUGAUAAACCUUUCGAUCUCACACCACAAACUUAACCGCUGCUUUCAGGUUUUAACCAGGCCUGAAGAAAGUCCGUAUCUCAAAGAAAUUACUGAUCGUAUUCAAUCUACAUUCUGCAGGAAUACUUAGUGUCGAUGACUGAUUUUUUAAAUUUUUUAGGAUAUUUUU